UCCUGGCGUUUGGGCUUUCCAUUGUCAUAUCGAGUGGCAUGUCGAAGCAGGGUUAGUAGCCCAAUUCGUUGAAUUGCCUGACAUGAUAGCACAAAUGAAUCCACCUGAAGAAUGGAAAAAUCUAUGUAAUAAUCAAAACACCACGAUAACAAACCAAGAGACUUCUUUUUCUCUGAGGAACUUGUUAAAAAGGAAUAAAAAGAAGCGAGGGCAGACAUAA